AAGUAGUGGCGAGAGAACAAGACAAUAUAGUAACGAAGGAACAGCCCACACCCUGCAAUACGAGACCAGAAACGAUGGACGGAAGGAAUAACUAUCUCACCACGAAAAUUUGUGAUGAAUCCGAUACUAGACCAUACCCCGAUGAUUCAGAUCCCGCUGAAUGGCUAGUACAACAAGGAGAACUGGUCAAAUUAUUGUCAGAAAUACUCCCUACUAGAAAAAACCUUCAUAAAUUGUAUUCUGAACAAUAUCCAGAUCCAUAUUGUUCUAGAUGUAGCCUCCGUAUCAAGGAUAUUCAACAUGUCUUUAAGUACCCAUUAGCAGCAGAAAACAUCAAGCAAAUUAUUUCCAAUAUCAAUAUCAUCUUCUAUCCAGAAGAUGAUCACAAAAUGAUCUCGCAUGCAUGGCAACUAGUAGAGUUGGCAUGCGGCAUUAUAGACAAUAUUUUCUCUACAUCAAAUUAUUCCAAUUGA